AUUAUUUUAUGUUACCAUUUUUUCCUGUUCCAGGAUUACAAGACUUAGACAUUCCUUAAACAGUGCCACAAGAUUUUUAUCCAAAAAGUUAAAUAUAAGAACCUUAAGAAGCUAAGAAACUAUUUAUAAAGAACCUUCCUUAAGAAUUAACAAAUGAUAAUGUUGAAAAACUUUUGAAAGUAAAUUUUAUAAAGUUAUUUAGGAAUGUGGUCAAUUAGUAUCAUGGAAGAGAUCAAAAGGUACAGCUUUUGGAUAUGCUGAAUUUGAAAAUAUGGAAAGUGUAUUAAAAUGUUUGCGCCUUCUUAAUGGUAUGAAUCUGAACUAGAAGGAGUUACUUGUAAAAGGUGGAGAGAAAUCAUAAAUGAUGAUAGAUGGUUGGAUGUAUAAAAAAGAAACAGAAUGGGAAGAGAGAAGAGCUAAAUUAGAAGAGAAGGAUAAAUAAAAGGAGGAACAUAGAGCAUUAUUUAAAUUUACAUCUUUUUAAGAGUAUAUUACUAGAGAUGAUGAAAAAAUAAAAAAGAAAUUAGAAAAAAUUAUAUCAGAAUUAGAAGGUACAGUAACUAAAACUAAAAAUGAUAAAAAAAGAGAAGAAGAAAAGAAGGAACAUCCAAGAGAGAGAGAAAGAGAUGCUAAAAAACAUAAUACUAAAGCAGAAUUAGAGAGAAAGUAUAAAGAGAAAAUGACAGAAUGGAAGAAAAAAGAGGAUGAAAGAGAGAGAGAAAGAAAAAAAGAAAAAGAGAGAGAGAUAGAUCGAGAGAAAAAUUUCUAAAAAUAUCUAGAAAAAGAAUUAGCUUAUGACAGUGAAUAAGAACGUAAAUAAAUUGGUAAGAUUAAGAUGAACGAAAGAAAGAAAUUCAGGUAAAGGGAAUUUGAAGAAGAUGAAAUCUUUAAAAAGAAAGAAUUAUUAAAGACCCAAAAACCUCCUGAACCUGAACCACCUUAAAUGGUAGUUAUUGUUUAAGAGCCACCUGAACCAGAACCUUAAUAUACAUAAUAACAAUUGCAAUAGCAACAAGUAAUAAUUCUAUAUUAUAUUUGAUUUAAAACUA